AUAAAUACCAGCUGCCUCUUACCGACCUCCAUUUCUCUUCUUCUUCAGUCAGACGCAGCUGCCCUUUGUCUCAGACGCGUAGGUAGAGAGACCGUCUGGUGAGAGGAUCUCUUUCCAUAUUUUCUUCACGUUUUCUCGAUUCCCUUUUUCCAAUUUGCUGACAGAGAAGGAGAGAGAGAGAGGGAGAGAGAGAGGGGAUCGAAGAAAAUGACUAGAUUGCCCCUCAACGUCUCGGCGAUCGAACUCACCUCCGCGUUCGACUGGUGGCACGUGAUCAACGAGUCGACUCAGUGGCAGGACGGGAUCUUCUUCUUUCUUUGUGCUGCCUACGCUCUCGUCUCCUCUGUCGCUCUGGUGCAACUAAUCCGAAUUGAAUUGCGAGUGCCGGAGUAUGGCUGGACUACACAGAAGGUUUUCCAUCUCAUGAACUUCAUUGUGAAUGGAGUACGUGCCAUUGUGUUUGGAUUUCACAAGCAAGUAUUCUUUUUGACGCCCAAGGUAUUUACUUUGGUGUUAUUGGAACUUCCUGGGGUUUUAUUUUUCUCUACUUACACGCUCCUUGUCCUAUUUUGGGCAGAGAUAUAUCAUCAGGCAAGAAGUCUUCCAACAGAUAAGCUCAAGAUUGUAUAUAUUUCAGUUAAUGGUGGAAUAUAUUUUAUACAGGUCUGUAUUUGGAUAUACCUGUGGAUAAAUGACAACAGUGUUCUGGAGUUAAUUGGAAACAUAUUUAUUGCAGUUGUAUCAUUCAUUGCAGCGCUUGGUUUCCUUUCAUACGGAGGAAGACUGUUUUUCAUGCUGAGGCGAUUCCCUAUUGAGUCAAAAGGGCGGCGGAAGAAACUUCAUGAGGUUGGAUCUGUUACGGCGAUAUGUUUCACCUGCUUUCUGAUAAGAUGCAUUGUGGUGAGUGCUCUGACUUUGGAAAGUGUUGCAGUUUCUGCAUUCGACGUGGAUGCAUCUCUUGAUGUUAUGGAUCAUCCCGUUCUGAACCUUAUCUAUUACAUGCUGGCCGAGAUUCUACCUUCAGCGCUUGUCCUUUUCAUUCUGCGGAAGCUCCCCCCUAAAAGAGUAUCUGCUCAGUACCAUCCGAUCCGUUAGCUUGCACCGGCAUUCUUGUCAGUUCUAUUUAUUUGGAACUCAUUGACCCAUAAUGGUGUUUGCUGAAGUUUUACAUGGCCGGGAUUGGCGAGAGAAGCAGAGUGAAGGAUCUGAUAUUGGUCUCUGAGUAUUUAUGGUGCGGCUUGUUGCCUUCCUACUUUUUUGGAUGUUGUAAAAUUCAUUGGUGACUAUAUGGUCACAGAAGAGGUUUGCAGCGGCACAUUUGCUUGGUCAGUUUGCAUUCUCAUCGAUUUCAUGCUUGGGGAUAAUUAUUCGGAGGCUUAGGGUUUUGAGGUGUUGUGUACUUGUUGACAAUUCAUUAAGUUCUGAGAAAUUAAGAAUACUUCCUUUAUUUAA